AUGUCCGGAUCCCAGCCAGACGGGGGUCAUCACGACAACAAGUAUUUCAACAAUGGGGUGCACGAUGAGCGCAAGAGCGAGAUCGAGCCGCCGACAACCAAGGUGGAGCCUGCUACGAGCGACAACUGUGACCCCCACGGACCUGAAAACGCAUUCGACGGCCGUCAGGGCUCACCAGAUUAUCGCCAUCGUCACAAGAUAGCCAUUCUCGAGUGGACCGCAGGAAGCAGUAGCUUACUUCAAAGUUCCUACCAGCGAUCAUCGAUCAGCCUCAAUACCUUACCGGAAGAACUGCUUCGGAUAAUUUUCAAGUUUUCCAGUUCAUUGGACGAUGCACGCGCACUCGCUUUCUGCAGCAAAUCAUUCUACGACAUUUACAAGGACGACGAAGGCGGAAUCCGCUUGGCACUCUUGCCGACGCAUCCAAUACUGAGCGACAGUGGAAGAAACUACUACGAGUGUGCUGUCCAUCCAGACCAGGGCGAAGUCGACGACAAGAAGAGAAACAAGAUUCUACGGGCUGGUGGGUUCGCGACCGUCAACGCCAUCAUCGAUAUGGCUACGAUUGUCAAUCAUACAGCAGACAUCCUAUAUGGAGAACUGAUGGAGAUUGCGAACCUCCGCUGCGACCAUCUUCACUUCGCUAUAUUCAAAUGUUUUGCCCGAGGCAUCUGGGUACGCUGCCUUUGGGACAUCUGGAUACUGCUUGCAGAGGGCGAGAAACUGGUGGAGGAGCUGUUUCCAAUCGGACAUCCGGGUCGUCAACGACACCGCAUCAACUCUUUCAUCACCGAACAUAUCUGCUUGUUCGUCAGUCGGGACCGGGGGUGGCGGAACUCUGGGUUUCCCGAUACUAAAGCGUUACUCAUAGUUGCUCCUGCCGAUUGGAACAUGUGGUCCUGCCACCUUGCGACAUACUAUCGGCUCAUGGAUUUCUGCGACCUGGAAUACCGCAAGGCAAGAUUCAAUUCACUGGCGAAGCUGUUCCGAAUUCUGGAGUAUGAUGCGAAUAGGAAGCUUAUCGCUAAACUUCAAGGGAGGGUGUCAAUGCUGGAGAGUGUCCAUAACAUAUUUAUGACCCGAUUGAAGAUCUCACCGGCUGAGAACACCGUGUUCAAUGCCUCGAUAAAGAGUCUCAAGGAUAUGAUUGCGAAGUUGGAAGACAGGAAUAGGGGGGCGGAGAAAUAA